UUUCUAGUCCAGACAGUAAAAGAAAAACCUAACUGCCGGCUAUUUCGUCUACCUCCCUACUGACUUCAACAGGCUGACAGACUAGAAUAUAACGUUUAGUUUUUGUAAUCAAAUUAUUAUAAACUUUGUAAAUUUUGUUACGGAAGGAACUUCCUGCUGUGGUAAACCAGGUGCUUGCUACUGAAUAUCUGACGUCCACUGUACCUUUAUUCAUUGUCCUUUCUCUUUCCAGUUUUCCAUUACUAGCAAGUCGUAAACAUAAAUGUCAGCCCAGAAGCUAUUGGAUGUGAGAGCUCAGUUUAUUGGCGGUGUGAAUGUGAGCAUAAUCAAGGACCUCAUCGAUGAACUGUUGCAGGAAAACGUGUUAAAUGAUAGUGAAGCAGAGGAUAUUAAUGAGGGCUGUACCAGGACAAAAGACAAGGCCAGGGUUUUAAUUGACAUGGUACGGAAGAAAGGUGAUAAUGCAAGCAGGAAAUUCAUUGAGUGCCUCCAAAGCAAGGACAACACAUUGUUUUGUAAACUACAGCUGGUUACUGACAUAGAACCUCAGCCAUCCAUACCUGCUGCUUCUGAUCAAUGGAUAAUUCCCUGCCGUUUGGAGGAUUACCAGCGGAUAGUUAACAGCGAAGCUAAUCAGAUUUAUCCCAUUGUGGAUAAAAAUAAAAGACAACGAUUUGCAUUAAUUAUCAACAACACUACAUUUGAACACCUAAACAAGAGAAAUGGAGCUGAAGUGGAUCAAACUGAAAUGAAGAAACUCUUGGAAGGGCUGGGUUAUGAAGUAAAACUUCACAAAGAUUUAAACUCCCAGAAAAUGGAGGAGGCCCUGGAAAAUUUUGCCAAGAAACAAGAUCGUGAAACAACUGACAGUACCGUGAUUGUCAUCAUGUCUCAUGGAGUCCGUGAUGGUAUCUGUGGGGUCAAGAGUAAGGAAGGCAAGGACGAUAUACUUAAAGUGGACACUAUCUUCAAACUUUUCAAUGCAAAGAAUUGUACUGCUCUGAGGGAAAAACCAAAAGUCAUUCUCAUCCAAGCCUGUCGAGGAGAAAAUAAAGGCCAUGUUUGGGUGCCUGACUCUGCAACACCAGAUGAUGUCAAUUCUGGCACAGUCCUUCCUUAUGAAAAUGAUGAUGUUAAAGUUCAUAUUGAGAGUGACUUUAUUUGUUUCUACUCUUCCACACCAGACAACGUGUCCUGGAGGCACCCUCACACAGGUUCAGUCUUCAUCCAGAAACUAAUAGAAGUAAUACGCACACAGGCCUGGGAGCACCAUAUAGAAGAGUUGUUCAGAAGGGUUCAACAUUCAUUCAUAAAGUUUCCAAUACAAAUGCCCACAAAAGAGAGGACCACACUUAUAAAAAAGUUUUAUCUCUUCCCUGAAGUAUGAAUACAAAUCAGUCUUUUGUUACCAGAGAGGCUGCUGAACAUGUCUGCAACAUCCCCUUAUUCUGGAUAUUAUAUAUUCCUAUAACCCCAUUGUUUACUGCAUUAACUACCUUUCACCUUUAAACUUAUUUUGUUAACAAAAGAGAAUAGAAUUUAAGCCCUGAGCCAACGAAGUACAUUAUUGUCACUUUUUUAUACAGAACAUGUGAAGAAAUAAUGUUUGUGUUAUUAAACAGUUCAUAAGCUUUA